GAUCUAAUCACGUGUGAACUCCCUCCUGUACCUCACUGUGAAGAUGGCCUUCAGCUUGUGCUGACAAAUGUUGGGGAAUGCAGGCCGGAUUAUGCUUGUGUCUGUAAAAAAGACGAAUGCAGGCCGGAGCCCCUUCCUCUCUGCCCACCACACCGAACGCCCGCUGUGAAGAAGACCCGGUGCUGUGAUGAAUAUCAGUGCACUUGCAGUUGUGUCAAUUCAACAGUGGCUUGCCCUGCUGGGUAUCUAUCCACGACCGUCUCUAAUGACUGUGGCUGUACAUCUACCACCUGCACUCCAGACAAGGUUUGCGUUCAUCAAAACAUUGUCUAUCCCAUUGGGAAGACCUGGGAGGAAGGCUGUACAGAGUGUACCUGCACAGACAUGGAAGAUGCUGUUACGGGACUUCGGAUUACAGAAUGUCUUAGGAAAGACUGCAACAGAGAUUGUCCACCAGGACAUCAGUAUGUCAAAAAAGGAGGUGCAUGCUGUGGGAGAUGUCUCAAGACAAUGUGUGAUGAAGUGGCAUUUUGGUCUCGGGGUGAUGAAGAUGUUCGCUGGCACCAAGUCGGCUCGGAGUGGCGCUCCCCCUCGAACCCAUGUGUCAUCAGAGAGUGUGUUCGCAUGAACGAGGAAGUCUUUGUUCAGGAGAAGAACAUCUCCUGUGUGCAGAUGGAAACUCCCAGUUGCCCGUUGGGAACAGAGCUACACUGUGACGGGAAGACAGGCUGCUGUCCCUCAUGCCGCUGUGAUCCUGUGAAUGGCUGUGUUUUUAACGGCACCAUUAUUGGGCCAGGGAAAAGUAUGUUACUGGAUCAAUGCACUGACUGCAUGUGCAGCCUACAAAGGGGACUGAUUCUGAAAUACAAAUUGACAUGUGAAAAAACUACCUGCAAACCUUGCCCCAAGAAUUACAGAAUGGAAACCGUCCCUGGCUCCUGCUGUGGUAAAUGCUUGCCAACGGUGUGCGCUAUACGGCUGAGGGAUAGGACCAUACGGUACUUGAAGCCAAAUGAGACAAUCCAAGAUGGGUGUGACAGCCAUUCUUGUAAAAUCAAUGAGGAAGGAGAGUUCAUAUGGGAGAAGAGAAUCACCGGAUGCCCACCGUUUGACUCCAAUAAAUGUUUGGCUGAAGGAGGGAGAAUUGCCAAGGUUGACAACACCUGCUGUGAAACAUGUGUGGAACCAGAGUGCAAACAAGUCACUGGCAGGCUGGAGUAUGUUAAAGUGGGCGACUGUAUCACUGUAAGCCAGCUGAAUAUCCAUUACUGUGAGGGCAAAUGUCCCAGCAAAGCCGUUUACGACAUUACAGCACACAGCAUUGAAGACCAGUGCUCUUGCUGUUCUGCCACCGCGAUGGACUCGAUGCAGGUGCCCCUCCACUGUCCCAAUGGCUCCAUAGUACAGCACGAAGUCUUUAAUGCCAGACGCUGUGAAUGUCUCUCUCGGAAAUGCAAGCCAUAAAUACCACUGGGGAGCUGAUGAGCCUGCAAGCUGUUUGUUCCCUGCCUAUAAAUUUACAAUCAGCGUCUCAUUUUUGCAUUUUGAUUCUGCUGUCCUAGCCAAAGCAUUCAUUACAACAUACCAAGCAAUAAACUCAAACUUA